GGCAGCAGAAUAAAAAAAUUCCCAAACCUGUAUGAUAAUAACGUGUUAGCUUGAUGUUUAUAAUAUUUGCAGGGAGUACUAGGUGGCCCAGGCGAAACAGCUGCGAGUGGUGAUUCGGUAAGUAUAUCACUGGAAUACUAUUCAAUUAAUUAUAUAUCCACGACAGUGGAACCUCUUUAAUACGAACAUCAAUAAGACAGAGAAAAAUGCCAGAGACUCCGUCGUUAAGCAGUUUAAAAUUUCAGUUACUAAAACUUGGACGCACACUUCAGUGUUUCCUUUAAUUAAUAUAUUUAUUUUGUAUGCAUUCAAAUUAUAUUAAUAUGCAGUUAAUAAUAUGGCACACAUUGGGCCGGGAUCACUGCAAAUCGCGAAUAUUCUUCUAUAUAGUCUAAUAACUGUUUUACAGUUGAGUUACAUAUUCUAUAAGAACUGAAAAAGUUGCAUCUGUAUAUCAAAAUUAUACAGUCUAUUAUAUAGAGAAUCAUAAUUAUUUAAUUAAUCAUGUCGUAUUUUUGGUAAGGAACUUUUUAAAAGAAUCUUUCAAUUGUUACAUUUAGAGAAUGGGUAUGCCAUUUGAGGAAAAUUAGAAGCUCUCAUUUUCACCGGUAGUGGAAGAAUCUAACUAUGACCACAUUUUACGAAAGUGCGGGGGGGGGGGGGCUCCUACUGCUCCUCUCAUUUGUUUGUAAUCUUAAUUGGUCGCAUUAAUAAGCCAUUUCUCACGACGUUCAGUGCUAUAACACCGCGUCUUGUAAUGCGAAGUUGAAAACAAAAAUGUUAUAUUUUCAAUUCUGCACACAUUUAAAUCAAUAUACUGCACAGAACGUUGCAAUAGAAAUCUUUCGAACACAACCAUUUCUAAUAUACUGAUUUGAGAUUUUCAUAUAAUUGUUUUAUUCUUUUCAAUAAAUUAACUUGGAAGAAAUGUCGUGAGAUCACUUUAUUAAUAUAUAUAUAUAUAUAUUUGAUGUUGAAGAUUGGUAAUCAUGUAUAAUAUUAUACGAUUAACUUCUCACCAUGACUACCGUAUUUACUCGAUUAAACGCCGCGUCAUUUAUUACAUAAUAAAAACAACAAGUUGAGUUUCAAGUAUCAAACAGUGUCUGAAACCAAAUUACACCAAACUUCUCUCCUCUUUAAAUCCUUGUAAAUCUACUGGAAUUGAUAAAAGUUCCCGCUAAGAUUAUUCGUAUUGCUGCGCCAAUAAUUGCAAAUUCACUGAUAAGAAUUUUUAAUGCGGCAAUCUAUACUGAAACUGUUCCUUCAGAUUUUUUCUGUGCUGGUGUUGUGUACUCAGGUGAAUAUGAUGUUUGUGAUGUUACUCUGAGUGUAUAUCCACACCGGGCGAGCUUGAAAAAUGUGCCCGGCCACGGUGGGAAUCGAACCUACGACCUUUGGAAUACUAGCCCAAUGCUCUGCCAACUGAGCUACGCGGUCAAGACGGUUCGAGUAAGUGAUAUUUCGGAACAGAAUCUAGUUCCUUCGAUACCAAUGUAAUCUAGUAAUAUGAUUUUUUCUGUGCUGGUGUUGUGUACUCAGGUGAUACAUCAUAGGUCAUCAUAUUCACCUGAGUAACACAACACCAGCACAGAAAAACUCAUGUUACUAGAAUACAUUGGUAUCGAAGAAACUAGAUUCUGUUCCGAAAUAUCACUUACUCGAACCGUCCUGACCGCGUAGCUCAGUUGGCAGAGCAUUGGGCUAGCAUUCCAAAGGUUGUAGGUUCGAUUCCCACCGUGGCUGGGCAUAUUUGUCACGCUCGCCCGCAGGGGCGGCGCUAACUCUCUUCGAGUGGGGGUGUGUGAGUGAUCUUUUGCCGACUGUUGUUUGGUAAUUUUGCCGAGUCAUUAGCCUAUAGUGAGGGUCCUGAAGGGGGGGGGAGGGUCCCAAUCCCAUUUUCCACCUGAAAUUUUGGCAAAAUCCCAGUCCCAGUUGGAUUUUUAUUAGAAAUCCCAGUCCGAGUUAUUGAAACCCCAGUCAAUAAAAACCCCUUUAUUUAUCGGUAGAAUAAACAGUUUUAAGACCUUUUAAGCCACCGUGUGUGCAAGUGGCGGACAUUUUAUGAAAUAUUGGGGGGGGAGGCUCGUGCCGAAGGCACGGAAAAUUUUUAAAUUUGAAUCCUGAAAAUGGCAUUUGCAUCAUUCUGAGAGACGCAUAAUCAGAAAACCCAAAAUUCCUGUCGGCAUCCAUUUUGCAGCCCUCGAAAAGUCAAAAUCUCGGCAUUUCUUAAAAUCUGUUCCACGUCUUGGAGCACUAUUAAUCACGCAUUUAAUUUACGAAUCAUUGAAAUCGGAAUAUAACUGGAACGUUACCUCCAGCCGGAAAAUUCGAAAGUUGGAGCCAAAUUUUAACUCCAGACGGGCGAAAUUUGAUCUUCAAACAUCUAACGUAUAUACACAAAACACAAUACCCGUCAGUUUUUAAACCUAACACCGUAAUAAAAUUUGCAUUGCUGCAUGUGUGGCUUCUUUGAUGCAUGCUAUUCGUGAUAUUCGGUUUGAAUUCAAUUAUUCAGGAGGUCAAUUUUGGUUUCUUCAGUGGUUAUCUUUAGCCAAUCCAGUUUUGCCGACUGAGAUAACAAUUUGCCGAUUAGCUGACGAGUUGGGGGGGGGGGGUGUUCCACACCACCCCUGUAGCGCCGCCCCUGCUCGCCCGGUGUGGAUAUACACUCAGAGUAACAUCACAAACAUCAUAUUCACCUGAGUGCACAACACCAGCACAGAAAAAAUCAUAUUACUAGAUUACAUUGGUAUCGAAGGAACUAGAUUCUGUUCCGAAAUAUCACUUACUCGAACCGUCCUGACCGCGUAGCUCAGUUGGCAGAGCAUUGGGCUAGUAUUCCAAAGGUCGUAGGUUCGAUUCCCACCGUGGCCGGGCAUAUUUUUCAAGCUCGCCCGGUGUGGAUGUACACUCAGAGUAACAUCACAAACAUCAUAUUCACCUGAGUACACAACACCAGCACAGAAAAAAAUCAUAUUACUAGAUUACAUUGGUAUCGAAGGAACUAGAUUCUGUUCCAAAAUAUCACUUACUCCAACCGUCCUGACCGCGUAGCUCAGUUGACAGGGCAUUGGGCUAGUAUUCCAAAGGUCGUAGGUUCGAUUCCCACCGUGGCCGGGCAUAUUUUUCAUGUUCCUUCAGAGUUAUCCGUUUACACAAAAAUGGCCGUCGAAACAUGCUGAAUAACUAUCGGCCAAUUUCCAUUCUGUCUAUAUAUGGUGAUUAUGGUCAAUUAUAUGAUUAUUUUGUUGUUAAUAAUUUGUUGUCUCAAAAUCAAUUUGGUUUUAGGUAGUUCCAUUCUAUUCUAAUGGUUCAUUAAUAUGAACGUACUGUGGUCAAUUCAAUAUCGCAGUAUUUCUUGACUUGCAGAAGGCAUUUGAUACUAUGAAUCAUGAUUAUAUUGAUUAAGAAAACAGAUUUCAAAUGUGUACUUUGAACAGCGUAUUGUCCAAAACAAUUUAGUUACUUUUUCAUGUGAUCCCCCAAGGUUCAAUUCUUGGACACUAUACAGGGUGUAUAAACUAAAAAAAACUGAACAGAUUUGAAAUUGCUCUCAUUUUCGGAAAACAGCUAUUAGUAUCUAGUUUUUGAUGUAUAUAGCUUCUUUCGGUACUUGUAAGGUAGAAUAAUGUAAAAAAAAAUUCUCGAACUCAAAUUUUGUGAACCAGGGGGGGGGGUGUCUUUUCCAACAAACUAAAAAUGGCUUGCGCACGAAAUUUAAAAGCUUUAAGUUAAUCGUAUUUUGAGUUAAUGGAUGGAAAAUUUGUUGGGGUAGUUUUAAUUACUGUACAAAAUUUCAGACAAUUUGCUUUAGUUUGAGCCCUUUUACUAUCCAUUUUUCCUUAAAAAUCAGCCUUUCGCAUGCUUAAUUAAUGCCUUUACUAAUUUGCAUAUUGCUGACAUAUGCAAAUUGCCAAAGCAUUAAGCAUGCAAAUUGCUGAUUUUUUAGGAAAAAUGUAAGUUUGCGUGGAUAGUUGAGGGCUUAAACUGAAGCAAAUUGUUUGAAAUGUCGUGCAGCAAUUAAUUCACCAAGCACGUUUUUCAUCCAUUAACUCAAAAUACGAUUAUAGCAUUUAAAUCGCGUGCGCGAUCCAUUUUUAGUUUGUCGGAAAAGACACCCCUCCUGGUUUACAAAAUUUGUGGUCGCGAAAUUUUUUCUCAUUAUUCUACAUUAUGAGUACCCAAGGAAGCCAUAUAUAUCAAAAACUGGAUACUAAUGCGGUUUUGAGAAAUUGACAGUAACUUCAAAUCUGUUCAGUUUUUUUAUACACCCUGUAUAAACGAUCUGCCUCGUCAUCAAGAAUGUUGAACACUCGUCAUCAAAAUUUAAAUAUCGUUAAAACUGAGUACAUACUAAUUGGAUCAUGGCAUAAUAUCAAUCAUAUAUUGGCUGCCCCAAAGGUAUUUGUUGGUGACAUACCAAUAAAAAGGGUGAGAGAAACAAAGGCACUUGGAGUCUAUAUUGAUGAAUUUCUAUGAUGGCAAAAGCAUAUUGAUAAAAUUGCAAAAAAGUCUCAUCCGGAACUGAGGCAAUCAGAAAGUUAAAUUCUAUCUAUUAAUAUUUAGUACUAUUUAACAAUUAUUCGCCGAAGGCGAGGUGAUUAUCGGUGAAUAAAAACCGAGACGAAGUCGAGGUUUUUAUUCACGAUAAUCACCGAGCCUGAGGUGAAUAAUUGUUUUAGUAUAAUUUCAUAGGUGAUUAUUUGGAAAAAAAUAAGAAAAUACACAUUUCUUUGUCAUUUAAUUGACAAAAAGGCUUCGGCCGCCAUUUUGAAAAUCGCUUAGGUGAUUAUCGCGUAAUAAUCACCUCAACGGCAACCAAUCAGUGUGGAGAAUUUUCAAUAAUCACCUAUGUAAUUAUACUAAAAUGUAUUAAUAUGUAAGUAAUUGUAAUAACUGUAAUUAACUGUAUUUGUAUGUUAAUGUAAAUUUGAAUUAAUGCUACGCCCCCCUUGUAAAUCAGCCUUUGCUGUAGGGGUUAGCGUAAUAAAAUAAAGUUUUACCUAUACCUACUUACCUAUACCCAACCAAUUGCGAUGCGGCGUUUAUUUAUUUACUUUGCCAUCAUACUUAUACAUUCAUUGGCUGGGAAACCAUAACAGCCAUUACCAAUUACAGCGGCCCCUCCAGGGCGGGUUAAUACUAAAUCCUAAAACAAAACCCUAAGAACAUAAUUAAAUUAAUGUCUCUUCUCAUCUUCUGAAAAGUUCACUGUCUUAUGAGAGCGGCGUUUAUUGGAGGGAUGCGUUUAAUCGAGUAAAUGCGCGCGGUACACAUUCGUAACGUUGUAUCAGGGGGCCCCGGUUCAAAAUUUUCGAAGGCCCCCAUAGUAGAAGUGCCAAAGGCACAAGUCGAGCGCCGUAUAUGCACGAGUUUUCUAGGGGUACAGGCAUUCACCCGGAAAUUUUUUUAAUCUAGACUCUUUGAAAUGCUAUUUCCCGGACUUUGGGGAGAGAUUAAUUUUACAGAACUCUGAUGGUCAGAAAACGACAUUAUAGCAUGUCAGAGGCCAAUAUUUUUGCAGCUUGAGCCCGGUGGCACCCAUUUGAGUUGGGGGCCCCCAUUUGAGUUGGGGGCCUCCGGGUUCUCCCGGUCCGAACCCAUAGUAGUUACGCCACUGGGCCUAUUAGCACUUCCCUAUGUUGUAUUGGUAAAUUAAAUUUGUAUAUUUCUGUAUUUUCGAUAACUGCAUGCACAUUAGCUAUUUAUUCUUCGAAGAUACUGUUAACGAUGCUUUGACGUUGCUUUUGUGCCCUUUUGAUUAGAAUCGCUGACCUAGUAAUUUCAUAUCAACAUUGUGAUAAAAGAAUGCACGGGUUUUCAUAAGAACCGUGCCAUAAAUUCGAGUACAAUUAUCAUUUACUCAUCCCUGGUGUUUUUGUAGGGUGACUGGGGUUACACUGGUCUUACAGGAAUGCCGGUAAUAUGAACUGUAUUCUGUAUAAAUACUUGGAUAAUAAUCUAUAGCUAUUAACAUCCAGCUAAUUAGGACUUUAGUUUUCCUUUGCCCGCCGUACUUGCUCGAGUAAUAAAUUCUAGAGUCCUUUGGCAAAUUAAAAUUCACAAGACCCUUCAACUAUUAUACAUUCCAUCUACAAGACCCUUCAACUUCGAGUGAGAUGCUAACACAAUAUUAAAAUGUAUACGUUAUAGUCAUUUUCAGACAUGCUGCCGGUACGGCAAAUUGCCGCAUCCGACGUUAAUUCCUUGAUGUAACUAUACAAAUCGUUAAAGUCUUUUUAUACUGUAAAAGUCUCAAUCACAAAACAUGUUUGUUUAUUUUUCUCCUCUUGUCCAUCUCAUCAUUGCAGCUGUACAGUUUGCAGUUUGAGUUAGAUAACAUGUAGUACAUUUUAGACAUCCUUGCGUUAACAAAUUCUCCCUAUAGUCCUUAACUUUGCCGCAUAAUGGUGAGCAUUGCAAACCUCCUUAGAAAAAACGUUGUAGGAGUUUUUCACUUUUCACAUUUUCUAUUUGUUAUCUGCAAUGCUUCAUGUAUGAUCGUCUCCACAAUUCGGAAAUCGAUUUCAAUUUGACAAAUUGAGUACUUGGGGUUGUUAGGUUUGGUAGUUUUCGAGGGCAAAGCUUGUCCGGAUCAUGUAAAUGAAUAUCUAUACUUAUUUUUCCUAACACAUACAGGGUGAACCAGGACCGAAAGGGAGAGGUGGCUCGAAGGUAAAUACAUGACUAAAAUUACUGAAUCAUGACCAUUCGCUAAUUGCCCAUUUAAAAAGGGACCAGAAACAUUUGAUGUAUAAAAUUAGCCAUAAUUAUGCUUUUCUGUAAUAUUUCGUGCAUUUUCCAUAUUUCUGCUACGCGAUAUCACGAUAUCAGAAGCUCCCUGCGACCGUUUUGUACUCGCCUUAACGGUGCAGAAGACGCAUUUCGUGGGCCCGAUAUUGAUGAUUGUUUGAUAAUUUUAUAGGGACAUAAAGGAGUUCAAGGAAAGCCUGGUGCCAAGGUAUAAGAAUCAGUAUUAUCCUUAAAGCAUUACUUUCUACCACAGUAUCAUGCAAUUCUGAGCACCAGAAAUUAUUAAUUCUGACCCUCCAGAAAACAACGAAAAAUUUGUGCUCUCGAGCGGGGUUUGAACUAGAAUCUGGACCGGUUCUCUAUCCUUAGAAUUCUUGGAAGAUUAUAUCCCUCUUCCAUUAAUAUUAUGGAGUGAGAGGAUUGGUAUCAUUGAAACAGAUUUGUUAGCAUGUUUUGGGGGAACACGAAUUUAGUAUACGCGUACGGUAAAUAGUAUACACUUAUAUAUGUCUGCUCCCGAGGGAAAUAUUUCCUUUUGUUUUCGCGAGAGUCUCGAUGUUUCCAGAGACGAAGUCGAGGGGAAACAUUGAGAUUCGAGGGAAAACAAAAGUAACUGUUUCCCGAGGGAACAGACAUUAUUAAGCGUUUUGUUAUAUAGCGACGAACAAAAAUCAACAUUCAACAACAUUCAUACAGCAAUAGACCUUAUGCAUAAUGACGUCACCAAGCUUGAUGCCCGCGAGGAAUGCCGGUCUUAGUAGUCAUAGCCCAGGAAAAUUAAACAAUUGAUGACUACUAAGACCAGCAUUCCUCGCGGGCAUCAAGCAUUGUGACGUCAUUAUGCAUAAGGUCUAUUGUAUUUCGUGACCGAAACUCUAUAGUGUAAACGAGUUUAAAAUUAAAAGAACAUACUUAAACGGUUUCAGCAGCAUAUCCUGUUGCCUGUUGUGUAUUUUUCUUCUCUUUUACCUCCUUUAUUUGAACACAAACUUGGAAAAUCGUAAUUUCUAAUUAUGUUAGUUGUGCCGCCAUUUUGUUUAUUUUUGUACGAAGCGGUCGGAGCGGGCAACAAUUUUUCUGUUGUUGGCCGGAGGGAUACAUUGCAUUUAUCUGAAGUCACGUGACCACAAAUCAGCCAAUCACGUUUGGUGUUCACCCUAGCUAUAUAACAAAAAAUAUUACAAACAUUUAAUGAUUAAUUUGCGGUGAAGAACACAUAAAACGGGACAUAGGCCAAAACUACUUCACCUCAGUCAAUACCGCGAGAAUGUAUGCAUGGUUGCAAGUUGGUAUGGCUAGCAGCAAUUAUAUACAAUACAAUCUUCCAGAAAAUGUACUUAUCCUUGGUCAUAUUCCGUUGCCGUGUCAUCGUUGGCGUGAUUGGUAGAUCGGGUUUAGAUCCCUUUAUCCGCUGAUUACGAGACAUAUAUAUACAUGCAUACAGUUAUACUAGAUAAUAUGAAAGACCUUUAUAAUUAUAUAGGUCUUCAAUAGGCAAUUCCAGCUUUAGUUUAUGUCUGCAGGGGAUGAUGGGAAGUAAGGUAUAUCAUAUUGCUGAUUUGCUGAAAAAUUUCAAUAAAAACUACCGAAACAACCGAAAUAUUUCAAUAUUUACAAGUAUAAGCUUUCACUCCGUGUUUACACGGCCACCAUUUUUAUUUUUUCAGCAUAAUUAGCAAUACGAUACCUCACUUCCCAUCGUCCCCUGCACACAUAAACUAAAAGCUGGAAUUGCCUAUGGCAAAAUAAACAGCUCAAAGCCCAAAUCUCGAUCUCGUAAGCGAGGUGCCUGUUGCCAAUGCUAAGUGCACUUUCCGGAAGUGUUUUUGUUCUUUAAUUAAAUACAAUUAUUGUGAAGAUGAAUACUCAUUGAGCAACCGGGAAUACCGAGCUAGUUGAGCAAUAUAUAGGUGGGAUUUCGCAGUCGAUACAUUUCACUACAAAUAUAUGCAAGUUGUAAUUGGAUUUUCGUGUAAGACGUAAAUUUUCGCGAAACUUAUAUUAUUUCAUUUCAGAUGGAAAAGAAUAUGGAGAUAUAUGUAUUGAAUGACUACUUCGUGGCCCAAAGUGGUUACUAUAACAAACUCUAUCACGUCAAAUCGCGUGAUUUGACUGACGGUAGAACAAACACUGGUGGUUGGGGUAGUGAAACAGCAAAGACUGGGAACUACGUGCAGGCGACUUAUAUUCGUCCGGUCAACGUCACAUCAGUCACAGUGGCUGGAGGUUAUAUUCCAUCUUGGGGCCAUGACGUCAGACGAGGAUAUGGGAAACUGGAUUUGGAAUAUUCUUUAGAUGGGAAAUCUUGGUUGAAGGUUAGUUGAGUACGUAUUGUUAUAACAGCAUAAUUGAAGCAUACCCAAUUAUUAAUUGCGUUGUAAUGAAAACCAAAUUGGAACGUGCAUUUUUUGCUUGAAAUCAAGGCAAAUAAUGUA